CUGCAUGUAUUUUUCGAAAUUUGCUACAGACUUGGUACCCUUAUGAAUCCUAACAAAAAUGAGUGUAAGGAUCUCAAAGGUGAAAGUUCAAAAUCAUCCGCAAGCUUUUGGGAGUAUCAUGGACUUGCAAGAGACGGGAUAAAUUUGCUCCUAAACAAUGGCUUUGAAGAGUCACAAAAGCUUUUUCGAAGUCACAGGUUUGUUGUACUAUAAAGUACUCUAUUUGUUCUACAUAAUGCUCUUUACUGCAUAACUUGUGAACAUGUUCUUGGGCACAAGUUUUUCGUUUCAACAGUAGCAGGUACCUUUGUUUAUUUUUGUCCAUGCCUGUUUCACGAUUUUACGUGAAAGAAACAAGUGACUUUUUUAUGCACAUUGUAAGAUCUGUUUGUAUCUUGAAACCUGUCACCCCUAGUGUGUUAUUCAAGUAACCUCGGGUUCAACGUUUUCACAAAUUAAUUCAAAGUGAAAUUGAAUUUGAACAUUCAUGUCAUCGCGAAAGAUGAUUUGGCCUAAAUUAAUGUUCGCCAUGACGAUUUAAGUUCCUUACCAAAUAUAAGCAUAUAAAUGGUUUUAUAACGCAAGUUAUGAUUACGUUGUCUGGGAGAGUGUAACCCUCGAGCGACACAACAUUUUUUACUCUUAUUCUUCUGAUUGUUAAUAGAAUUUGUUUUACUUAUCAACAAUUUUGGUAUUUAAAGACUAAACACUUUACCAGCGUGAAAUUUCGUUAUCUUUUUCGCGACCUAAUCUUGUUAGCAUCAAGGGCAGCGACCAAGGACGAAUAUUUUUCACCUUGAAACAUAAAAAAUUUAUGAAUUACGACCUUCUUCUAUGCCUAAGUUUGCCAAGCCGAAGAAAGGCAUUGAUGUCAUUUAGCUGAAUGACUUAAUUAGGGCAGACAAAUAUUGCAAGGCAUCAUUUUUAGACAGGAGCAAUUGACAUAAGUCUCUUUAGUGUGAUAUUUUUAAGUUGAUUAAAUUCAUACUGAAUAAGUACUUGCAAAUUAAUUGAUGAAUUGUUUGAAUUUAUAUUAGGUGUUUUUUGCAUAACAUUUGAAUUUGCUCUGCUAAGAGAGUUAACAAGGGCCUUUUUUCCAAACCUAGUGGUUGUUGUUGUUGUUCAUAUCUUUUUUUAGUUGCUGGGAGAACUAAAAAAAUGCCAGGACUAAUGCUGUAUUUACACUUGCCUAGUCUGACAGCAAACAAAAAGUGUUUCACUGCAAAGACUCAUUUACAUCAGGCAGUUUACAUUUUGUGUGAAUUAUGGUCAAAAGAUAUUUUUUCUGAGCAUUAUGACUGAAACCACCUUCUGACUGAGGUAGUUUUGAUUUUAAUCAGGCUAAACAUACAAAAGAUGGUAGCAAAAAGCUUAAAAACUGUUGUACCGCAAUGAAACGUCAUAGGCAUAAAAUUGUGGGCAGAAAACAUUGGAAGUCAUUGCUAAAAUAAUUAAAAACAAUGGUUUCAUGAGCUCCGGCUAGUUUUCAUGAUUCUGUUGUCAUAAAACCACAUUAUUAUAGAACCAGAUAUAAAGCAUGUUUGAUUAGACACAUAAUAUUAACAAUGUUGUUUCAACUUGUUUUAAGUAUAGAAACGUGCUUCAUGUUGUUUACCAUAAACAUGUUCUAGUGCCAAUAAGAAAGCAGCUUUAUUUAUUAAACAUAAACAUCUCUGACUUAGUCAGCCAUUUCUUUUGUCGUUACAACUCGUGUCAAGGAUAAAAUCUAUUUUUAGUUGGUGUAGGUGUAGCUUCUGUUGUUUUAAGUGUCAAAACAGCAUUAUUUUCUGAUAAGUUUUUAAAAAGUCAAGUUCACAUAAAAAGUUUAACUAAUAUUGACAUUUCAUAAAACGUGCCAACUUAUUCAGGGCUGUCACUAAAAUUCCUCUUUGCAAGUUAUACGCAAUAAGUAAGGAGGGAUUAAUUAACAGAAUUUAACAUUCAUAUGUGCUUUCUUCAUUCUUGUUUUCUAUCAAAAGCCAAGGGUCAUGCUCGUAGCAGCUGAGGGGAAAUCCCCAAACUUUAUAGUGACUCUCCUGCUUAGUUUUCACUGGCUUAUAUAGUGCUUUCCUUUGAGUUGAUAAAUAUUAAUUUUGCACAUUUUGGUUGGCAAGCAGCCACAUCAUCUUGCAAUAUAGUCUAAAGUAUGCAAAUUAAGGUUUCUUCCGUUUAUCUCACUGGAUUUGCCCUAAAAAUGUGUAAUUUUAGUCCUUCAAAUUCCCAUCUGUUGUUAAACAUGGGUAUCUUGAUGCCUUGAGACCUUUUGACCAGAGUUUCAUAGAUUGACAACCAGCAUAAGAAGACAGGUUAACACGAUUGUUUUUGUUACAAAUUAGUUAUUUUUAUUUUUGUUUCUCUCAAUCUCUCUUAUUAUUAUUAUUCCAAAUAAUCUAAUAUCAGUCUGCCAUUUAUUUGUUGAGCCUGUGGUAUUGCAUCAAGUUAUCUCUUUACAACUUGGGAAAUUAUCGUAAAGUCCUGGUUAAUAUUGUUUAAGAAGUAUUGUAAUAAAUGAGUGACACUGUAAUUACAACUUAUAUGUUGUGCUGUGCAAGAAAUAUAAUUUAUUAUUAUUGCAUUAAAAAGCAUAAAGCAGUGUAAAUAUACUACAAUCACUAUGUUUAUCAAUGAAAUUAUUAAUUUCAUUACUUUUUAAUAUAGUAAUGUUAAUAGUAAUAAUAAUAAUAAGUAUCUGUAGACUUGGUUCAUGAAUGCAUUAUGGGUGUGUAAGCGAUUCAAACCAUGAUUGACACUAAUUGUCAUGUGUUCCCUGCUAUGUCAGAUUUUUUGGUGCCAACAUAAUAUUAAAAAUUUGGUGAAUUCUAAAGAUGGCUGACUUUCUAUCUUGUUAUAAUUAAAAACUACAGGACACAGUCAUUCACAAGAAGGAUAUUACUAUCCACUGGUCUGGAUAUUUAUUACUGUCCACUAGAUAAUGUGUUACUGGUUCCUAAUAGUUAUCCCCUAAAUUAUAGCGAUUUAUCUGGUGGAAACUGGGCUGUUCAGUUUUGAACAACUGAGGCCUGGUAUAAGUGAUCAAAUUUAUCUUAAAAAAUAGACUGGCAGUUUUUGUAUAUUUCCAAUAUUGGAUGUUUUAUUUUUCUGUUUUACAUAGUGAUGGCAGCCCCCUUAUGAGUGCUGGAUCAGGCAUGGUAGACUUUGUUGUAAGUGACAGAAGAGUUUUUUUUUCUUUUUUUUUAUUGUGGGUUUCCUACAUAAAGUAUCGUGGAGUAUUGAUUUCUUCCAGGGAAACAGCAGAAAGAAAGGACUUGGCCAAUAUGCACGCUUCCUGACCUCCAUAACCCAUGUUUGUUUCUCCCUUCAUCUAGCAAGCCAUCCUGACCUUUGAAGAUGACCAGCUAGACAGAGCUCUUGAAAAUCUCAAGAGAGCACAGCGGGUUUGCUAUGUAGAAAACACAGCCAGAAGGAGUAUAGGAGUUGGACGGGAUGAGGAGCUGAUGAGGCAGAUUUUGUAUGCCGACUGUGAGCUCUACAUGGCUCUUUUAACAUUCCUUAAACAAGGUAUACUAGAAAGCUUUUAACUCAAAUUAAAAACAGCGCCGAAAUCCUUGUUCUGGGCCUCCAACAAAGAUGUUGGCACUACUUCACAGAAAGUACUAACCCAGGUUGAAUUACAUCAGCAGUUCAGGCUAGCAAAUCAUUGAUCAUGCAACUUGAAUAAUUGUAAUGUCUGUUAUGGUUACUUGCAUGCAGGUAUCACUGAUUACAUCAAGGGUGGCUAUCUGAUGCGACGAGCAUGGAAACUCUAUGACAAGUGCUACUGUGAAAUCAGUACUGUUGGGGGGCCAUUUCUUAUGUGGGCCCCUGAACUAAGAGGAAAGGGCAAUGGUGUUAUGCAAGAUGACUUGGAUGAAGGGGUUGAAGAAGCUCUGGAGGAUGUAAGAUGCCCUGUUCCUUACCACGCUAUCUCUCUAAUGAAAAAGUUUUUUUACAUUAAAGUAGUGUUAUACUUUAAUAAAAACAGCAUAUAAUGGUUAUCCGAGGUCAUAGUAGAACAUAAUUUUAUACUUAAUAUUUAUUACUUACAAUGACCCCAAUAGAUUCUUGUUAUAUUAAAUUGAUUAUUUUGAGAGAUCAAAUAUUGUUGGUCAUAGUGUCACAAACCAUUGAUAAAUUCAAAUCUACUUUCCUACAUGCAUGCUGAGAGGUGAAUGUUUGUUCACAACUUCUCAGUAUUUGCUAUUAAAGUUUGAAGAUGUUUGCAUCAUAUUCAAAAAUCAAGUGGGGAAAUUUUUCAAACAACUUUUAGGUUAAGUUCAUACAAAUAACACAAAAUUCAGCACUGAAGCACACCCUUCAAACUCCACAGUAUGGCCUGUACCUUACGCAUGUGCACAGCCAUAUCACCUGGACAGUGGUACCCAUACACAUCUGUUUCACCUCAUGUAGGCCUCAUCACUGUGGCGUAGCCCCUUGCAAGAGGUCUCACUUGCAAUCAUUGACCCCCCCUCCCCCAACCAUUUACUUCUAAGGUGAGUCCAAAAGCACCCCUUUACGUGCCAGCUCCACCGUAAUGCAGUUGUACACAUGUGCUAGCUGCUGGCUGGGAUCCUUAAAACAGUUCUUGUCAAGCAUAUGGAGAUGGGAUCAGAUGAACAGACCAGUAUUUUCUCUCCUGUCAUUGUAGUCAGUUGGAGUGGGUGUGGUGUCACCCCUGGACCCCGAUGACAUGGCAUCUCCCCUGGAUGAUCUCACUAUCAAUGAGGAGAGUCCUGCAGGUGCUGCAAUCAGUGCUGAAGCCCUCAAGCAUCUACAGGCAGCUGUCUCCUGUGGUUAUGGGUUAUUUCAUUUGGCAAUAUCACUAGUGCCGCCCAAGCUGCUGAAGUUUUGCCAUCUUCUUGGUUUCUCGGGAAACAGAGAUGUGGGAAUCCAAGCACUGAACUUGGCCAGCCAGAGUGAGGACAUGAAAGCCCCUGUGGCAAGGUGUUGUUAAGACUGAUGAUGCUAUGAUAAUAAAUAGUUAUUACUGUAAUUAUUUUUUACUGGGCUAAAAUGUAAUGUAUUUUAACACUAAGAUACAUGUAUCUUUCCUAUCUUUUUUUGUUUGGAAACCUCCAGUUUUGACUGCUUAAUUAAGGAUAUGACCACUAAAUAGAGUCUUGGUAAAGUUUGGUACAUACUAUUACCAAAAUCCAACUAGAAUUCACAUAGUAAAUGAUUUUGUCAGAGCAACAAUGACAACACAAAAAAUAUAAAUAAAAACAUCUAGAGUAUGAAACUGUUGACUUAUUUACUUAUUCUCUAUACCUCAGUCCCAAAAGGGAACCAGCUGUACUCCCCUGAAAGGGGUACCUUUUCUACCUCUGUAAAAGGACUGGCUAACAGAAAAAAUUUAAUGGCUGUGAAAAGUCUUUUUUAUUCAUGUUUUUUUAUUUAUGUCAUAUUUAAAGACAGUGUGUUUACAGCAGUUAAAGAAAGGGGUACCAUUUUGUUCAUGGAAGGUAUACAAAAGAGGUUAUUUUUCUGUCAAAAAUGCUAUGUAAAAGGGAAAGGGGUUCUACCUCAGGGCGGGGCCUCCGAGUAUAAUCCUUUGUUUAGUAACCCCUUGGGACCUCUAUCUCUAAUUUCACCAUUUACAUUAACAUUUUUAUGAUUUUCAUGAUUCCAGGCUUACUCUUCUGUGGUAUCAUGCAGUUAUUCGGCCAUUUGUUGCUCUUGACGAAGGAAACAAUGAAGAAGGUCUGUGUGUGUCUUGUGUCAACAUGAUACAAUCACUUAGUUAGUAAAUGUAACAGCUUACUUUGUUUCGAUCUUGUUUUCCUCAGUACUAUUUCCUGUCAUUUACAGUGCUCACAUUGCUCAUGAGUGGCUCCAACUUAAACGUUCUGCAAUAAUAUUAGGCUGGUAUAGGAUUUGAUAGAGCUGUCAAAACCAAAUUGCACAUGUAUUUUCGUGGAAUUCUACUGAUGAACAGUACUGUCACAACAAACAUUUGCAGGGGCAACAAUAGUAUGUCCCGUUUCAAACAUUAUGUUUCUAAGGCAAACAGUGAAUAAAAAACCCAGGGUUGUCAUAAGUUUUCAAUAGUGGCCCCGGCUAAUGAGUAUUUUAUAGCUUUCCAAGCUCAACCCUGGAAAACCGCAGUGUCUGAUCCACCCCUAUAUAUCAUUUUCAAUCAAACAGGUUUAGUGGCUAAAUUUUAUAGCAUUCUCUAAGUGUCAAUAUAUAUAUCAUUUUGAAUCACAGGUUUAGCAAAUGCAACUGCAAUCUUAGAAGAAUCCUACCAAGAGUACCCCAGCUCUGCUGUAUUUCUCUUCUUCAAAGGACUUGUAUCAAGGCUCAAGGUUUGUAUUACUGCUUUGACCUAAAAGUUUUGCCUGAGUUUUGAAGGGGGAAGGCUAGGGAAAGAGGGAGAAUAUUGUAUUCUCUGCACAUGGCCUUAUUCCCCCUUUUUUCCCCUUUUAACACCUGUACACCUCAUUUGAGGUAAUCCAAGACAGUCUUGGAUCCUGGAUUGUACGAUGUGGAUUCCAGUCUUAUUCAGUGGAACUUGGAUUCUGGAUUCCAAUCAUUAGUGGGAUUCCAGAUUCAUUGAGAUGCAUUCUGGAUUCCAAAGCAUAGGAUUCUGGAUUCCACUAGCAAAAAUUUCCCAGAUUCCAGAAUCUAGAUUCCCCUGCAUCGGGUGAACCUGCCAUGGAGGGUAGAGAGAGACAUCAGCGAAAUUGUAUUCCAGUGGUGGAUCCAGGGGAGCCCUCCCCUUAUUUUUUUUUACCAAACUGAGGCCCGAAGGCCUGAAAAAAAUUUUUUGGAGACUGCCCCCCCUUAUCUAAGGGUCUGGAUGACCAUCCCCCUGCCCCCCUUAUCUCAAGGUCUGGAUCCGGCACUGGAUUCAGUUAGUGUGUCAUUUUAAGUUAAGAUAAAAGAAAAAGUAUAUCGGAAAUACACUUUUGUUGGUGAAUUUAGCAAAACGUUGUGCAGUACUAUGGAGAUAUGCUUAAAACCCAAGGAACUGUAAAUUUGUAUGUUAACAUGACUGGUGGGUGGCGGUGGGCUGACUACUUUUUACACACUAGUAAGAUCCCUGCAAUGUUUGAAUUGGCAAUUUGUUAGUUUUGAUUUUGAAUAUCCCUGUUUAAGCUCAAGGUAACAUCAGGCCAGAAAACGUAUCUCUGAGCAUUGAAAGGGAAGAUCACAUUUUAAUUUUGCCAAAAUGUGUAUAUUUUACAAACAUGAUUCAUGUUUUUUUGUUGUUGUUGUUCAAUUUCAUAGGGCCGCAUAGGAGAAGCUCUGGAUGAGUUUCACCAGGCCAUGGGAUUUGCAACAGAGCAGAAAGAAAUAGCUCUAAUUUGUCAAUAUGAAAUAGGUAUGUAUAUGUGCAAAGGUGUCUUUACGCUCACUUAGGGAGGGGUGUACCCAUUUCCCUAGUCUGAAUUGUGAAACUUUUUGUUUUAUGUACUGCUUGGUGGUAUUUUACCACUGUAUUUCUGCUUCCCUUCUUUGCUGUCACAGUUUGAACCUAUCUUUGUUUCAUUUACCACUAUAUUGCAUGUCUCUGUUUUAAAAUCAUGCCACUUGUUGAAUUUUACCCUAACAGGGUGUCUUUAUUGGUGGUGUGACCUUGUAAUUUUUGAAGUUGCUGGCUGGAUAUUUUGGGAUCAUUAUGCGUUUCUGGGAAACUGCUCAUCUACCCCUCCCCUAAGCCAACAUUAACACUUACUUCUGAUUUGGGGCAAAAUGUUGGCUUAGGGGAGGGGUAGGUGGGCAGUUUCCCAGAAACGUAUAAUAAUCUGAAUGUGCAAAUAAUGUUGCCUGACUGUUCUUGCAUCAUUUUCUCAACCAAUCAGAUGAAAAACUGAAGUUCAAACUUUUAAACUAAAUAACUUUGAGCUACUAACUUUUUAAAGCCAGUUUCAGUAAAAAAAAAAUCAGUUCGCUGGAUCACUGUGCAGUUUUGGCAUUGCGAAACUCAAGUGAAAAUUAAACCCUUUCUUAUUUUUACUCUUCCUUUAGGUUGGUGUCACAUGCUACAAUUGGAAUGGGACUAUGCCCUUCCUUCAUUUUUUAAGUACGUCCAACAUUAAUUUGUUUUUGUUAUGAGGUUUCCUUUACAUCUGCUUAUAGUCCUUCUUGAAGUGCUCCUCAGUGUUCUAUCAUUAAUCUCUGUUUAGACAAAAAACGUUUUUGUACUGCUCAGGGCGCCUCAAAAUUAACAAACCUUGAAAAAUUGAACUUUAUCUCAAAGGCAUGAUGUAUCCAUGUUUUUGUCCUUAACUCAAGUACUAAUUCCUCUUAGCUUUAAGCAAGUUAUUUAAGACAUGUGCCUUUUAGAGGAAAGCCAACCUUGUCUUACUUGUGUCAUGUCUAUGUUACUUUGCAGAUUAAAAGAAGAAUCGAAAUGGUCACAAAGUUAUUAUGCUUAUCUCUGCGGAGGUGAGUUUUUUAGAACUGCUACAGGGUUUCAGCUAGCAGAUUUCAUGGGAACAUUUAGAGGGGUUAGAGGUGUUAGUGUUAUAUUAGAGGGGUUACUGUUAUACAAAGGUUUUUAAAAAGAUGCUAUAAGAGGCGUUAUACGUCGGUUAAUUACAACAUAUAUGAACUUCUGGAGAAAAGUGACAGACGCCUUUUUUAUAACCUCAAACGCGAUGACCAUCCAUUAAAUAGCUUGCUCCCAAGGUACAAAGACUGUAUUGUAAACCUUCGCAGGAAAUCCAUUGUUAGGCCCAGCAUUAACACUGAAUGUUUCAAAGAUAGCUUUUUUAAUAGAUUGAUUUUUAAAUAUAAUCUAGCUGUGUAAAUACCCCAUAUGUAUUGUUAAUCAAUUUAAAUUUUUUUUUUUUUUUUUUUCCAUCUUGAUCAUUGUAAUUCUUUUUCUGUCAAUAUAUAUUGUAACAUCAGAUAUGUAAUUUUAUCGGAUGCUUUUUAAUAAAGACGUUAUUAUUAUUGAUGACUUUGUUCAGGAAAAUGAAAGGGGUCUUCAGUGCCAAAAGACAUAGUAGCACCCUCGCAAGUUCGGAGUAUUUUCAGUCACACAUCGGUAUUUUUUUUUCUGCUGGAGAUUUAGCUGUUGUCAGUAUCAGGGAGACUGUAAUAGGCCUUGGUAUUAGACUGUAAUAGUAAGGUGUCCUCAAGGCGAGAAUCAGCUCCAUCAUGCUGGCUAUAUACAUGUAUACAAUCAUGGUGCGGUUCCUGAAAAGAUGGUUAAGUUUAAUCCAGGACUGAGCCAAAAAUUAAGCAAGGUUUUCUUGUCUAAGAACAUGUUACUCGAGCUUACAAAAUACUUUUGUGUCUUUACUCCGAGAUUUAGUGAUGAUGGCAUAGAAUUUUACUCUAGAUAAUGCAUAGGAAGGUAAAUACAAAAAUAGAACAAAAUUUUUAAUCCUGGAUUAGCUCUAAUCGGCCUUUCAGGAACCGGGGCCAGAUGUGCAGGACUUUGGAUGUGACCUUUAAGUAGUUGAUGUUUAAAAGCCCUCAAAAUUCUCAGUCUCAGGUUCUUGCGGUUUGACUUUGGAUUUGGUCAAUUAAGGAGCCUCUGUGAUGAAGUGUAGUUUGCUUUUGCAUUUGUAUUCAUUUUGUAUUUGAAUUUAUUUAAUCAUGAUAUAGGAUGAGACUGCCAGACAGUAAUAAAAAUGUGCUAUUGAAACGGUGGAAUUGAGCUAAUAAUCCUAAUACCCAGGCUCUCUUGUCUCUUCUUUACAGUCACGAUAGGUAUUUUAGGUAGCACAACAGAGGCCCAGGAGCAAUUCAAACAAGUUCCUAAAUUUGUAAAAAAGAAAACUCCCCUAGAGCUGUUUCUCAUGAGGAAGGUAAGUUGUCUGUAGAUUUAGAUGAAGAAAAACUGCUGUUUUUACUUAAUGGAGCAACCCAGUUUCAUUUCAGAACAUUUUCCAGUAUCUUAAUUUUUAUAUGUUGGGUCUGUGUGUUUUCCUGAUUUUUGUUUAUCGGUAUUUUUCAUCACCGAUUUAAUCUAUGGCAUAAAAUUAGUGCUGCUUAUUUAAACGAGUAACCUCUUUAAUCCAGAAGUGUAUUCUAGUAAAGAUGAGCUCGCGAUUUACACUGUGAACGGAUUAUCGAUCGAACACGGCCAAGCACAUUAAAUUCAUCUUGUAAUUCACUUAUGAAUACACAUAAAUAGAGACAAAAAGGGACCAUCAUUCUGUGUAAACUAUGCGCUUUGGUAAAGGGGUUUUCUUCCUAGCGCCCUGCUUGCUCACAGUUAUUCUCUGUAUCAGUACAUUCGAAGCUCUCGUAGGCGGACACCACCCUCGGGACGCAAAAAAGGUGCAAGUAACUGGAGCUGGCGGCCGCUUACGGGAACGUAGAAAUACAGAGUUUGUAUUAGCCUGCGAACAGCAGACGUUUCUCCUCGCCCAUCGCCGCCGAGGGACGUUUCAAUGCGCGAGGAGAAACGUCUGCCGUUCGCAGGCUACGUUUGUAUGGGAGUGGAGAAAAACGGGGUUUUGUGAAGGCGGCCGUAACUAGAGCUGUCCUUUUACAAGAGCCGGACCGUUAGGAAAGCUUGCACUGUAUUAAUUUGCUCAGAUCGUGCAUAACAAAUAUAACUGAAGAAAAUCCAGUCUGUUUUUUGUUUUUGUAGGCUGCACUGUACAAGAAAUCUCCUCCAUCAGAAGCCGAUUGCCUACUACUGUCAUUAGAACUUCUGUACGUGUGGCGCGCAUUCUACACUUGCAGUGAACCUGUUUUAAAUAGAAUUAUUUCUGGUGAGCCACUUUGCUUUGUACAUGUCCGCAUUAUACAUGUAGCUACCUUAUUAUAAGAAAUUAAAGGGAAUUUCAAAAAUUCGCACAAAUUUUACUCGCGUUAAUUUCCGCGCCGUUAAUUAAGAGAAGCGGUAAUUUCCGCGACCUUAAAUUCCAUUAUUUUGGCCCCAAAUUCUCAAUACACUUUAGACAUUCUUGACACCUAAGAAAGACGAGUUCUUUAUCAGUAUGGAGAUUUGCCAAUAUUAGAACAUCUGUAAAGAACCUUCCAAGACCACCGCGGUCAAACGUCUAAAUCGUUAUUUUUGUUUUUUAUUGCUGGGAUUUCAUUUACCAGUUAGAGAAAAAUGGGCAAAGAUGUAAAAAUCAGUUAGUAAACAUAACUAUCUUUCCAUUUUUCUCAAAAUUUUGAGCUUUUUUCGCUGACAACGCUUCGCGCUAAAAGAGAAUCAUGUUUGAAAAUGGCGCCGAUGAUAAAGUCAGCAUCGGUUUUCAAUCACUUAGAACUUUUUUAGUAAACUUUAAAAACGUUUAGUAAACUAACAGGAUGUUGGUAAUACCUUAAACUUUCGAUAGUGAAAGUAGCAACCUUAACUUUGAAGUAUUUCGCUUAACUUUUGCAAAUUUCACUCGUUUGACCGCUGUGAACCCUCCAAGUGGCCAGAUUUCGCUGGGAAACUGACCACCUACUCCUCCCCAAGCCAACAUUUUGCCCUAAGUGAGAGGUAAGUGUUCAUGUUACCUUAGGGAGGGGUAGGUGAGCAGUUUCCCAGAAACUUAAAUUGAUCCCAGAUUUCUUCGCUUGACCCCCUUUUGUACGUUUAAGAAAAGAACCACGAAUAAAGUGUCCAUUCAGAUCAUACGUUUAACUUUGUUCCUGUUGUCUCAACAGGAUUUGUUUCUUUGUGAACCGCGCUUUAUUUUCCUUGAUCUCUCUUUGGCGGUAAAUUCUUUUAUUCGAAAGUCGUUUUCUACUAAAUUCGCGUUAAUUUAAGUCGCGUUAAUUUCGUAUAAUAAUUAGGUAACUUUUGGAAGAAAUUCUGCGGUGUUUCCAUUUAAUUUCAACUUUUUGGAAGAAAUUCUCCUACUCAGCCCCCGUGUCGAGAGAUUUCAAUUAAAACGAGGUUGUUCUGGUACCUAUUGCAUUCUACGAUUUUUUUCCUUAGGAUUUUAGAAAAUGAAAUUUUAUUCCUUUUGCGAAUUUUCUCAGUGGCAAAUAUAAGAAGUCAAUGGGUUUGCCGAGAGUUACGAACAUCAAUUUUCUACACAAUCAAGGGAAAACGUUAUGUGAAUUUAUAAAAUGUUAACUGAAUAGAAAAUGCUUUGAUCAGUUAAUUCUCACAACCAAUUCUUUUAGGAAGUGUAUGGAGAUAGGCUUGGAGAAUUUGUAUGUGUAUAUAAGGGUUUACAUGUUCUGAGUUUAAUCUUUCUAACCCUUGGUUUCUUUCCAUUUUAGCACUAGAAGACUGUAAAGUUACCUCAAAUCUUAUUCCACUCAAGAGUCUUAUACAAGGAGCGGCAUGUCAAGCGCUCAGGAAAAUGGACUUAGCUGUCCAAGUACGUAAAUUAAGAAAUAUUUUCUUCUCCAUACGAGCGAGUUAGCGGGAAGGACAGGGGCCUAUAAUGUUUAGUGUGCUUGGUUCGAGUUCAAGCCCUGGCUGGGUCCCCUGUGUUGGGUUACUGGGCAAGACACUUAAUUCUCUCAGCGCCUCAUUCCAUCCAGCUGUAUAAGUGGAUACCAGCGAAUGUGAUGCUAGGGGUAGCCCUGUGAUGGCCUGGCACCCCAUCCAAGGAGGGAGUAGCAAUAUUCUUAGAGGGGUUCAUUCUUCAGAAACCAGGGAUAAACUCCGGCCUUAAGUGAGCCAUUUGGCUGGAAUGCAGAUUUUAACCGUAUUAAGGUAACCGCCUUAUUUUACAUUGCGCUCAAUCUCAUGUCUUCUCAUUUCCUUAAAGCCUGCAGUUACUUUUGGACAUUAGCGCAACCUACAAAUUAGUUGGUUAAAUCAUAUUUUACAAGAUAUAAUAAAAAACUCAUCCAAUAUGAUAUUCAAAUAUACUAAUAGAUAAAUAAUGAUCUCGGGGUAACCCAUCCACGACGUGUCGUCUAUCAUAUUCCUGAAUGAAUACUAAGCACUGAAUGCCGUUUUCCACAGUAUUUCCAAGAAGCAGUUACCAAAUCAGGUCGCUCUCCCCCAGACCCUCACGUUCCACCGUUUGCUUACUAUGAACUUGGUGUUCUCUACGCCAAGGACGAAAAGGUGAGUCAUGUUACCAGUAAUUGUGCAGUUCUGGAACGUUUAGGUCACGUUCCUAUCUAUAAGAAUCCACGGAUCCCAGUCCGCUGUGGCCACCUGUGGCGGUGAAAGGGUUAAACAGCAACAAACGUUACAACAAAACUACCUAUGCAAAGUUAUAUUAAACUUUGUGGUUGUUCAGUAGCCCAAGUACUAUUUAACCAUGCCAAAUCUGGUGCUUUUACCCCUAAGUGCACAAUUUUUUCACACUAUGGCUUGACUAUAACAACGAGGUGGUUGCUCCUGUGUAUACACAAUAUGACUCACAAAAGAGAGUAUCCACCCGAAACCUGACAAGAAAAGAGUGAACUGGAAUUUAAGUUUGUAGUUCUUGGAGUAAAGAUCGUCUCUUUUCCUUUCAGACGAGUGCCAAAGGAGAGGAGCUGCUAAGAAAAGUCAAGGUUUGUCUUGAAGUUUUUUCUUGAAUUCUUAGAGACGUUUGAAAUUGACUAUCUUUUUUUCAACUGUUAGACCAGUAAGACUUUAAGAGGGCUUGGUUAUUAAUCACACGCAUUCCAUAGUUGCCUUACUUUCUAUAGGCGAUUUGCAAUGGCGGUUUUUAGGGCGACAAUGUUGCAACGUUGUUGCCCGAAAAUCGUCGUUGCGAAUCGUCGCGUCAACAUCGCCUAAUUGUAUUGUUUCUUUUGCAUUUAUUAGAAGUGCACGUAGGUACCAUGAUUGGUCAGAGCGAAAUCGUUAUAUUCUGAUAAAGUGAGCGCGCUGCUCUAUCGCACUCAUCUACGUAACCAGUAUAGGCGGUUACAUUGGCAUGGGUUAUUUGUAAAGAAAAAUUACAAAACGUAUUUCUCGGGAACCGUUGAAUUAUUCCAGCACUUGAGGACUUUUUUCCCGAAAUUGUGAUGUUUUUCCCAUAUCAGUGAGUUAAGGCCAUUCCUACUUUUUUUUCCUUUACAGGAUAAUUUUAGCGGGUACGACUUUGAAAACAGACUCAGUUUCCGAGUUCACGCGGCGCUGGCAAGAAUUGAAGAAAGAAAAGCAAGUGGAACAAUCCAAGGACCGGUAAAAGCCAAGUAA